ACCAUGGCCAAGCCGCAACAGCGCCGCAAGGCCCGCUCGGGCAAGUCCAACAAGCCGUCGCCGUCGGCCAAGCGCGAAAUCAAGAAGCGCCUGGCGCGCGCAGCCACCGUCAAGGGGCCCGACGUGCUCAAGGAGCAGUGGGACGGCAAGCUGACGGUGCGGCAGAACUACGCAAAGCUCGGCCUGCUGCCCGACCUCUCGCUGCGCGACUCGGGCGGCGCAGAGGUGAAGCGCAGCAGCACGCUGCCGUCGGCGCCCACGGGCCCAAAGGGCGUGCGCAAGGGCAUGGCGCGCAUCGUGCGCGACGCAGACGGCAACGUGACGGUUGUCGACGACGGCGAGGAGGAGCGCGCGGCGGCCAGUGCGACGCCGUGGGGACGGCCCAUGGAGGCGCUGGGCCGCGUCGAGGAGCAGCUGGACGGCGAGGCAGAGGAGAGGAGCACGAGCGAGGAGGUGGAUGACAUUGCGGGCAGUCAGACGGAGGAGAACCCGGUCGUUCAAUCCCUCACCGCGCUGGCAGCAACUGCACGUCCGGUGCCGCGGCAUCAGUCGCAAGCCGAGCGCAGCUGGCUGCAGCGCCUCGUGGAGCGCUACGCCGACGACUUUGAGGCCAUGGCGCGCGACAAGGUCGACAAUCCAUGGCAGAAGACGGCGGGCGAGAUCCGGAGGGCCGUCAAGAAGGCCGGCGGCGCCGAGGCGGUCCUCUCGGCUUAGCUCGCAGCUCGUGGCUCUUGCUCCUCUUCCUCGCCGUGGCUUCUUUCCGGUAUCAUUAGUGACCUCCGACCCCUCUUGUACAACACAACUGCAAUGCCGCACGACAUCUCUCAGGC